AUCAAGCCCAUCCCUCUGGCUCUGCGAUGCGAUGCGGUCAUUCGUUUACCUGUUGCAGUCAGAGUGCCUCCGGAGACCUGCACAGGUGAUCAUUACCACCACAUGCAACACUCAAGAACCACAAUAAGCGUGAGAAGAGGUGCAAUCCGGCUGAAGGUAUCUAACAAUUGUUUUACCUACAUUUUGCCAACGCGGAGAUUUCGCUCUGUAAUGCUGCGUUAUUGAGCCACGUAAACAACGUACAUCGCUUUUCAAGGUAAGCUAUGGGCGGCUCCUACCUGAUCCAACCCGUGGUGGCGUUCUACGGCUUCGGGUUAUUCAUGACCAUACCGCUGCUGCAACAGUACGUGUACGCCAGACUCUGGGAGCAGCUCUCUAGCGCCCCCUACUCCUCAUCUCAGAGCGCACAAUGUGUCAACAGUUCUUCAAAUCUGACCUUCACAAUCAUGGAGGUGCAGAAGCAGGCGUCUGUCUUCAUCCUGUACGCAGAGCUGAGCUUCCUGGUGCCCAGCAUGUUCUCCUGCCCUCUCCUGGUCUCCUGCAGCGACUCUCUGGGCCGGAAGGCGGCCAUCGUGCCCCCUCUGCUGGGAAACCUGCUCUUCAGCGUCUGCUGCUUCCUCAUCAGCUGCUUCUCCCUGGACCUGCACUUCCUGCUGGGGGCCGGCUUCGUGGCGGGGCUAUUCGGGGGCCCGUCGGCGCUGCUGGGGGGCUGCUUCGCCUACGUGGCCGACCGCUGCAGAGAGGAGGCGCGUGGUCCCUCCCGCCGCCGGACCCUGUCCAUGGCCAGCGUGGACCUGAUCUGGGGCCUGAUCGCCGGCCUGGCGCCCGCCUGCACAGGGGUCCUCAUCUACGCCAUCGGGUUCAGAUGGCCCUUCCUCAUCGUCUUCCUGCUGUACCUCCUCACCCUGGCCUACGUGGUCCUGGUCCUGGGAGACUCCCUGGCCUCAGUUAUACCCUUGCCAUCGCCAUCCUCCUCCUCCUCUUCCUCCUCCUCCUCCUCCUCCUCCUCCUGCACCUCGUUGCGUGGUUGCUUGGGCCUGUCGAGGCAGAAGCUGCUGGGCCAGCUGCAGAGCGUGUACAUGAUGUUUGGAACGGGGAGCCGCAGGAGAAACACCGCGCUGGGACUCACACUGGCAGUCUUUGCUCUGUUUAAGAUGUGUAGGGACGGGGGGAUGUCCAUCAUUAUCCUCUACCAGCUAAACCAGCCCCUGUGUUGGAGCGAGCUCCUGAUUGGCUGUAGUUCCCUACUGGGCAUGAUCGUCCAUCUGGGCAGCUACGCGGGCGUGUCCUUCUUUUCCCGUUGCCUCGACGACGCCAACGUGGUCCUCCUAGGACUGCUGUCCCUUGCCGGGGGUCUGCUCAUGGCCGCCUUCGCACACACCACGCUGCUUAUGUUGCUGGUGAGGCUUCCCUUAAUCCUGUCUGACAUGCCGAGUGCCGUCCUGCGCUCCAUGAUGUCAAACUUAGUCCCGGGCUCUGAACAAGGUGCCGUGUUUGCGUGUGUGGUGUUCCUUGAGAUGUUGAGUGCGUGCGUGGCACUUGUGGUGUUCAACAGCACCUACGCAGCCACAGUGACCUGGUUCUCCGGAUUCAGCUUCCUCCUCGCCUCCCUCCUCACAGUUAUCCCGGCCCUACUGAUUGGCGUUCUAAAAGGCCUCCCACAGAACAGGGAAGAGGACAGAUACAGUCUGACGGCCGAGGAAGUGGACUUUGGAACAGGCGUCGUCGAGGCGACCAUCACUGGGGCGGUAUAGCUUCUCCACUGGGACUCUGUCCGCACUCGGGUAUUCGUACCCAACAUCCUACCACACUUCCUGUUAUUGUUUAUAUCAGCAGAGAUCCACACUGGCUAGAUGACACCACACUCUGAAAUACUCAUGUCAACCAGUUGGUACGAUGCCAGAAAUGUAAGCACUAAAGUGCUGCUGGUGUAAAGUAAGUGGAAGCUAUGGCAGCCCAGUGCUCAUGGUGCUUGACUACCAGCCAAAGGUUGUGGGUUCCAAUCCUAACGUCAGCAGUCUAUCUGGAGGCAUUCCUGAGCAAGAUGUCUAAACCCUACCUGCCCAUUAAUGGCAUCUAUGACCUAUUGGAUCAAGGCUUCAAGUGAAUCAAUGGUAAAGCUGACUACCGUUGACCUGAUUCCACCUGAGCUGUUCUGUGAACCAGGUCCUAUGCUGGGGCUUAAAUUGGUGCACGUUGCGCCCACUUCCUUUGGAACGUUUCAGAAAAUGCAGUGACUCAUGCUGGGGUGACUGGUUGAACCCAACCAUACAUCACACACUACCGACUCUUCACUUACACACCUCCAUUUAUAUUGUUUCAUUGAUUUGUGAUUAUGUUUUUAAUACAAUUAAUUAUGUUCAACUUCA